AUGUCUUAUUUUCUCCUCUCUAGAUUUCUUGAAUUACUUGUAAUACUUUCAUUUGCUCAUUUUUCAUUUUCAACACAAAUUCAACAAACUUUCGAUCAAUGCCUUUCUACCAUUCAAGUCCCCGAUACUUUCUUCACCCCUAACAACCCUAACUUCACAACCCUCCUCAACUCCACCGCCCAAAAUCUCCGUUGCUUAACACCUUCGUAUCCAAAGCCCCAAGCUAUUUUCACCCCGUUGAACGAAUACGAUGUCCAAACCGCGGUUAUCUGUGCGAAAAAACUAGGCAUUCAUUUGCGGUUCAGAAGCGGUGGUCAUGAUUACGAAGGAAUAUCUUUCACUUCUGCUAUGGACCCGCCUUUUGUUAUGAUUGAUAUGUCAAAAAUGCGUGACGUGAACGUUGACCUUGAUGACAAUUCUGUUUGGGUCGAAGCCGGUGCGACUGUUGGUGAACUGUAUUAUCGAGUUGCUGAGAAGAGCAGUACGCAUGGGAUCGCUGCAGGGCUUUGCACGAGCCUAGGUGUUGGUGGGCAUAUCACCGGCGGCGCGUACGGGUCCAUGAUGAGGAAAUACGGACUAGGGGUGGAUAACGCAUUAGAUGUGAAAAUCGUCAACGCCGAUGGAAAAAUCAUGGACAGGGUUUCCAUGGGCGAGGACGUGUUUUGGGCUAUCAGUGGAGGUGGUGGAGGUAGUUACGGAGUUAUACUUUCCUGGAAACUAAAACUCGUACCUGUCCCUGCCAUAGUUACGGUUUUCAAUGUUCAAAAAACAUUGGAACAAGGUUGUACUAAAAUUCUUUACAAAUGGCAACAAGUGGCACCAAACUUUGAUGAUGAUCUUUUUGUCAGAGUUAUUAUCAAUCCCAUGGAUAUUUCAGGUACAACUAAAAGAACCAUAAGUACAACUUAUAAUGCACUCUUUCUUGGAGGAGUUGACCGGCUUCUUGAUAUCAUGAACAGUAGUUUUCCCGAACUGGGUCUGAAGAAAACCGAUUGUUCCGAAAUGAGUUGGUUGGAAUCGGUCAUGUUCAUCGCCGGGUAUCCCACCACCGUACCAACCACCUUCCUCCUCACCGGAAAACCAGCUUUCUUGAACUACUUCAAAGCAAAAUCAGAUUUUGUGAAACACCCAAUUCCAGAAACUGGAUUGGAGGGGAUUUGGAAAAGGUUACUAAAUGAAGAAAACCCAUUAAUGAUCUGGAAUCCAUAUGGAGGAAUGAUGGGGAGGAUUUCGGAAUCAUCAACGCCGUUUCCUCACAGAAACGGUGUGCUUUUCAAGAUUCAGUAUGUGAACAUUUGGUCGGUGCCGGAAAAAGAAGCGAUGAAGAAGCAUUAUAAGUGGAUCAGGAAGUUUUACAAGUACAUGGGUCAGUAUGUUUCGAUGGAUCCAAGAGAAGCUUAUGUGAAUUACAGGGAUCUUGAUCUUGGAAUGAACGACAAGAAUGGCGAUAAUACGAGCUUUGAGAAGGCAAGUUCAUGGGGAAGAAGGUACUAUAAAGAUAACUUCAUGAGGUUGGUGAAGGCGAAGACGGAGUUUGAUCCUGAUAACUUCUUUAGACAUGAACAGAGCAUUCCUGUUCUUCCAGGGAAAGGUUUUUGA